UCCGGAGGUCCCGGUGUGUCACAGGAUCUGCGACAUGUCGAUGCUGGCUGAGCGUCGGCGGAAGCAGAAGUGGGCUGUGGAUCCAAGAAACACUGCAUGGAGUAAUGACGAUUCCAAGUUUGGCCAGAGGAUGCUAGAGAAGAUGGGAUGGUCUAAAGGAAAGGGUUUAGGGGCUCAGGAGCAAGGAGCCACAGAUCAUAUUAGAGUUCAAGUUAAAAAUAACCACCUGGGACUUGGAGCGACGAUCAAUAAUGAAGACAACUGGAUCGCACAUCAGGAUGGUUUUAACCAGCUCCUGGCUGAACUAAACACUUGCCAUGCACAGGAAACAGCAG